AUGUCAAUGAUGAAGCAGAAGAAGACGGUACAGAAGAAGACGUUGAAAGCCAGGCAUACCUUAUCUUCUGGGACCAAUCCUCAUAAUGAAAGGCUUAAGCAAGACCGCCCCUCCAUAGUUAUCCCUGCACUUACCAGCACAAAGCCCAAAAGGAGACUCCACUCCACUCGCAAUUCUUCUUCUUCACUGCAUCUUCUUCAGGAAGCCGUUCUUACCAAAUGUUCUUCAGGAUCCCAAGAAGAAGAUGAGUUGGCAGGGUCAUUUAAUCCCGGAUGGAUGGACAAAAUCCAUCACUGUCCUGUGUAUCAUCCAUCAACGGAUGAAUUUGACGAUCCAUUUGUAUACCUGCAGAAGAUUGCCCCAGAAGCAUCAAAAUAUGGAAUUUGUAAGGUGGUUUCUCCCCUGAUUUCAUCUAUCCCUGCUGGUGUGGUGCUGAUGAAGGAGAAAAAAGGUUUCAAAUUCACAACUCAAGUGCAACCUUUAAGGCUUGCAACAUGGGAUAAUGAUGACAAGAUUAGUUUCCAUUUCAGAGGAAGGAAUUAUACUCUUCGCAACUUUGAGAGCAUGGCCAACCAGGAAGCGGCUCGAAAAUAUUGCGUUUCUGGAUGUCUCCCUUCGGCAUAUUUGGAAAGGGAAUUCUGGAACCAAAUGGAAAAAGGAAAGAGAGGAACUGUUGAGUAUGCAAUUAAUGUUGAUGGUAGUGCUUUCUCACGUUCUUCUGGUGAUCCUCUUUCAGGAAGUAAAUGGAACUUGAAGGAACUUCCGCGCCUGCAUUGGUGCACAUUGCGUUUGCUGGAAAAUGCAAUCCCGGGAGUAACGGAUCCCAUGCUGUACAUAGGAAUGCUCUUUAGCAUGUUUGCAUGGCACGUUGAGGAUCAUUAUCUCUACAGCAUUAAUUACCAUCAUUGUGGGGCGCCUAAGACUUGGUACGGGGUUCCUAGUAAUGCAGCACUUCAGUUUGAGAACGUCGUCCAGCAUUGCGUAUAUGACCGUCUCCUGUCUGUAGAUGGAGAGGAUGGAGCUUUCAAUGUUCUUGCAGAGAAAACAACCCUGUUUCCUCCCAAAAUUUUGCUUCAGCAUGGCGUCCCUGUUUACAAGGCUGUGCAAAUGCCAGGGGAGUUUGUGAUUACCUUUCCAAGAGCAUAUCACGCUGGAUUUAGUCAUGGCUUCAACUGUGGUGAGGCAGUAAAUUUUGCAGCUGCUGAUUGGUAUCCUUUUGGAGCCGAAGCUAGCCAUCGUUACGCCCGCCUUAGAAAAAUGCCGGUUAUUCCUUAUGAAGAGCUGCUUUGCAAAGAAGCAAUGCUAGUUUCGGAGUAUGAAAUUAAGGAGAAUGCCGAUUUGGUCCCUCUUCGUUGUUUGAAGAUUUCAUUUGCUUGCCUAUUGAGAUUGCAUCAGUAUGCCCGGUGGAGCAUAAAGAAAUCAAGACCAUCAGUGAAUAUACAUCCAAAGUCUCAGGGAACCAUCUUCUGCAUCAUUUGCAGACGGGAAUGUUAUCUUGGACACCUGAUGUGCAACUGUUAUACUGAUCCCAUUUGCCUCUUCCAUGGAAGCCUCAUUUCUAAAUGCCCAUGUGGGAGCAGCUGUAAUCUUUUCAUUCGAGAUGACAUACGAGAAAUGGAGGAUGUGGCAAAAAUGUUCGAGCAGGAGAAAGGAAUCCACCGGGAGGUUGAGCGACAAAUGAGACGUUGGUUGUUAUCUGUGGAAGACGGAAGAUGA